AUGGACCCUCCCAGUUCUCAGACCAAUCUGAACCACAACUACGUGCUUCACAAGCCGCAGUUGCCUCCUGGUGUGACUGCUGCCUUUGCACGUCAUCAGCAUCAGCAGCAUCAUCAGCAACAUCAACAACUUCAGCAUCCAGCAAGUCUGAGCAACAGCCAGAGUCAGAGUCAGAACUCGUUUACGCCGAGCGCCGAAAGCGGGACUGGUAGUACGUCGGGAUACGCACAACAGGAAUCCAAUACGACCAAUACAAACACAAACACAAACACCAAUACGAAAAAGAGCGGCAAGAGCUUACCGCACAAUGUAGAUAUUUGCAUCACGUGCGUGACGGACAAACCGCCGCAGUUGCCUCUGCGCGAGGAACUGCCCUCGCUUGGCAUUGAAGUCGUGUACAAUGCGCAGGGCGUUGGUACCAAAGCCAGCAAACACGAAGCCAAGAAAAUGAUGCAAAAGUUUCGUCACGAUGAGCAGUACAAGGAUAUGAAGAAACGACGUCUCUUUGCUCCGUCGCAUCAGACCGUCGUUUCCCAACUUCAGGAUCGCAAGCGACAAGAAGAUGCUCUGGAAAUCCCACGGGGCGUCUCGUACGAAAAAUACGAAAAGAUUCUGUCGUCGAGCAACUCCAAUAUCGGUGGAGACAAUGACUCGACCACCAGUGACCUGGGGUCCAAUUCGGUCUCAACGUCGCACACCAACGGGGCAGAAUCCUUUGCAUCCUCUCUCGGUGAAAAACGAAAACCUGACAAAUUCGGAAUCCAUCAUAAGAAGAAAAAGAGAAUUGUGGGCACCACGAGCGCAAACGCAAACGCAAACGCAAACGCAAAUCAGAACACUAACAAAAAGGGACUCUUUCAAGGAGGUCUGCCACUCAAGUUUAGCUUUCAAAACUCCAGAGAUCAGGCACAAGAUGACCACGAAUCCAUAAGCAGCCAAACCUCCUACACUCCAGGACCCAUUCACCCCUCGAGUCCCUUUUAUGGAGCCACUCAGACCGCUUCCGCUAGUCCAAACAACUACCGCUACAACCAGUUUAGUCCAAACAACAACAGUCUGAACCACAUGAUGAUGUCACCCUCAACGCCGUCGCAACACCCGCAGCACCUGCGUACCACCACGAACAAACCUCAUCAGGAUUCAAGUCCAAGUUCAGGAGGGUUUUCAGCUUCACAGCCCCAACAACAGUACAUGGGACCACCCACACCCAAUGGCAACACAUCACCCUUUUCAUCGCCAAACAGUUCAGCGGCAGCGGGGUCCUUGACGCAGAAUACGGGAUCUACUACAAAUGGCUUGUUCAAGACGGUCUUUCAAGCAUUCUCAGGGGAUUCGAGUCAAAACAACAAGCAACAACGACAAUACCAACAGUAUCAGUCGCUUCAUCCAUUGGAGGAGGAACGUCGUAGGGAAGAAGAACUCAGUAUGAGCGAAUCACAGUCUGUCAGCAAGUCGCAGUCCACUUCCUCCGACGUGUAUCAGUCGGGGUCGCGAAGUGGAGGGGAAGACGACGGUGACAAUGAUCGACCGGUACAACGCUAUCGAGGACCCUCACCGCCCAAAACGAGAAGGCCCCCUCCUGUGGAUACCGACUUGAUCCAUGAUGCCAUACAUGGCAAAAGCAAUAACAACGUGGCUGCAGGCGCAAACGCAACCUCGCCCAAGAGCACUGGGACCAACCACAGUCAUGAACCACAUUUUCACGACAUUCGACCCAAUCCGACUCGAUCACCCAAGAGUAGUGGCGGAGGAGGAGAUCAUCAUAGCAGUGAUCCGUCCAACAGUCAAGAUGUCUCGCGAGAUCCAUCCUCCAUAUCCACAAACUUUACCAAGCCCAAUCCAAACCAACCGAAUCCUGUACAAGUGGUGGCAUCCAACGAUCCAAACGUCAAAAAGUUUCUCCCUGGAUUGCAAACCGUGCCGUCCGAAUCGUCUUCGACGACGACUUCAGAUUCCAACAACAAUAACAAAGAUCAGCAUGCCAGAGAAAAGCAUGACGAGAAUCAUGGUCAAGCGACUUUGGAACAAAGACGCGCUGAUGAAGAAACCAACAAUAAUAUCAUCAGCAGCAACAACCGUCGUCCUUAUCGAAACAACCACAAGCAACCACAAGAGCCACCACAGCAACGUCUGCAUCACCAUCGAUCGUCGUCACCUUAUCCCCUGUCGCCACAGCCAAAAUCCACGAAGGAUCCACCAGUGUUGCCUCCCAAGGAUCCACCCUUGGCGGCCGCCUUUGCUGCAUUCAACAAUUUCAGUAGCAAUGACGAAAUCUACGAAACGUUGGGACCCGUAGCGGCAGCAGCAGCGGCUAGCAAUCAUCAUUACCAACAACAGGGGAAUUCCUCCAAACGACAACGACGGGUGGCCCCUGAUCCACCACAUAGCCCAACUCGAGAAGAACAAAUGGCAAAACAGAAACAGCAGCAAGAACCUAGUGGUAGCACUGAUAGCACAACUGCCAGUCCUACCUGGAUGAACAGUGCCAAGACGGCCUUGGAAAACGUCGCGGCAGAAGUCUACAAGCAAGCCACUAGAACGAGUAACAGUCCCCUGCAUUCUCAGCAUCAUGGAAUGGGAGCUGCAGCGAGUCCCCAGCGCUACCAUGGCAGUCCCAAUCGAGCUAGUCCUGCCGACAACAUAUUCUUUGGUGGUGAUGGUGGUGGUGGCAACAAUGCACCUACCGCCGCUGACAAAACAGACAAUCAAAACAAGAAUAGGCAAGGCAAGCACAAUCAGCAGCAACCUCUCUCCCCGACUUCGACUCUAUCUUCCAAUACAGCCAACCAGCAGCAACAGCAGCAGAUACAAAUUCAUGGACACAAGCCUUUCCUCUUUCCUUCUGCCGACACCAAGAAUGACGCCAACAAGCAAUUCCCACCCAACUCCAAAAACUAUAGCAGCAAUGCCGCCGCCAGCGCCUACAAUCCCUUUCCUCAUCAUCCACACGUGGAAAUCCAUGUCCGAUCCGACGGAACGCAAGUUAUUGUUAGCAGCUCCAUUGGAACCAAGUCUGUCACGGCCUUUUACGAGGCUCUACAACAACCCAAGACGCCCGUGGAUUCCAUUCAGCGCAUGCUGCGAGUUUGUCCAGGAUUGGUCAAGGUUCGGUUGCAGCAACAGUCGCACAAUGCCGCACAACGAGGACGGCUAGGAUUGCACACGGCUUGUGCCAGAGGAUUCCCGCAUCAUCGCAUCACCAAUGCGUCAUCAACAACGUCGACCGGAUUGGCCCUGGAGCUGGUCGAUGACAUUCAGCAACUGAAACGGUUGAUUUCCGUGCUGGUGGAAGCCAAUCGUGGAGCCUGCACCGUCUUGGAUGAUCACGGGGAUUUGCCGGCACAUUUGCUGGCAAGAACGCUCAUGGAAUGGGAAGCUCAAUGGUACGAAAAGGUCUACGAGAAGGUGCAGAAGGAUCAAGACACAGAUGGACGCAAUGCAGCUGCCAUUACCAAAUUGUAUCAGUCCAUGUCACAGUGCAUUGAAAUUGUUUUGCAUCCCGUUGCGGCGUUCUGCAAUGCCAACAACAACAAUGCUGCUGGAUCGUCUGGCAAUGCCGCCACAACCAUUUGUCGGGCUCCUGGAAGUGUGGGGUUGCUCUUGCCACUCCACAUUGCUUCGAUAUUUACUGCUUCCGUGCCUACACUGAGGCAGCUGUUGGAACAGGAUCCCACAGCGGCAACGGUUCCCUGUAAUCUCGGGCAUCUUCGGACCUUUAUUCCAGAUCAUUCCUUGCCGUUGGAACUGCAUGAUAAGCUUUCCACUGACUUCCCCAAAUGGGAGAUCGGCGCUGAAGCCCGCAAGUCCAAGCCAAUUCAGGUUGCUGGCGGUGGAUCUUUGAUCGUGGAAGACUAUAUGCGUCGGUCCGAUUUAUUGUUUGCCUUUCAUCCCACGGUGCCCCGUUUCCGAAUGGAAGCCACCCGCAUUGAACGUCUCGAGGCCAAGGUCAUCUCCGAAUCGAAUCAAAUGGAUCAGAAGUUCCGAGACAAAGGAGAACAUGGACAUCUCAGCGUUGCCGUAAAGCGCAUUUGGAUUUGGUUGUGUACCUUUCAGGAUAUCAAUGACCAUUUCCAAGCCACGUACUAUCCCAGUGUCAAGCGCAUCUUGGAUUCAAUCCCUGCUUCAACCAUCCCUUACUUGGCAUCGGUUAAAACCACCCAGGGAAAGCCUCUCUCUCGAGUGGCGGCGCCCGAGUGUCAGGCGUUGUUGCGUACGCGGCUAGAAGAAUACGAGUCAAGUCAGGCUUCUCGACUUGAGCAAAUGGUGGCCCAGGCGGUCGCCACAGCCGCCGUAUCGCCAUCUGGAAAAUCUUCCGUGGCAGGAUCUCAGGAUGACACGACGACAACCAAUGCUACAGCAUACCUGUCUCUUAAGGGAAAAGGAUAUGUUGGCGUUUUAUGUCGCACCUUGUUUCACAUCCACGAAGACAGCAUGCCAACCAGUUUCAUAUUACUCCCCUACAAGCUCACCAAGAACGACCAAGGCAAGCUUGGUAUCGACAAACAAUCGUCAGCGGCAACAGCUGUCAAGUUUGCGGAAUGCCUGCUGCAGCUGACGGAUCCCAAGAACAUCCUCAACUUUUUGGAACAAAAGUCGAUGCAAUCUGGAGAGCACCGCAUCAGCUCAGAGUUAGACGACGACACGUCCACGGCUACUAAAAAGAGGUGCCAGGAAGCUGAAGAAGCUUUGAUUGAUCUCUAUGAGCCAGGCAAAGCUUAUCUGUACCUGAUUGAUGAAUUGAUUGGACUUCCCAUUGUCCCGGUUUCUGGAACAUCUCUUUAUCCAAUCGAGUUGACUCAGCCGUCUAACAUUGUUCGCAAGCUGCUUCCACUGAUGUUGACUGGAAUGAUUCUUAUGAGAGGUGAAAAGGCAUUGUCUGUGUUGGUCAACGUUUUACUGGACAAAUCUGUUCGUUAUGUGUCUCCGAACUGGGUGGACGCUGCCAGAGAGAUCACUGCUUAUCUUUACUCGCAGCAAGACAGUCGAUCAGAUAACUCUCUCCCAGGGUUGGAUGCACUUAUUGAAGAACUUCGGGCGUUUGUCUCAAACAAUUCUUCAGUCAAGUCAUCGAACGAUCGGCAUGAAAACACAGAAUGGGCCAUUGAGUUAUCCAUUCUUCGAAUGGUAGUUUCCAUGAAUGAUAACAGGCGUUCCUUUGCUGGUCUCAAAGCUAAACGAGACGAGCCUGGAACUGUUCUAUGGACCAAGCACAAGAUCGAAGAAGAAAUCCGAAACGACACCAAAUCAGAAGCCGAGAGCAGCAAGAAGAAGCCUGAUGCAUCCGUGACUUAUUUCCACGAAGAUCCUCCAGGCAUGUUUGUUCGUGCGGCUGAGAGUACCUCGUCGUCAAAGGCAUCCACCAAGAAAUCAAGUAACCAGACGAACGACGACAAUGUCUCUGCUGCGGCUAGCUCUGCGAAAACAACGCCAAGCCACGCAACCGCGUCUAGUGGUCCCGAAAUAGUGUCGCCUGUAAGUCCACUGACAGAAAGCCUGGGUACGGGUAGCCUCGAAACACCCAAAACCCGUGAAGACAGCAGCGCUGACAACAUUGACAAUAUUGAAAAGCUCCGGAUGCAAAGUACGCUUUCUACACCUGAUUCCAAAUGGCUUGCAGCCGAAGCUCAAGCCGAAGCCGAUGCCGAAAACGAUGCCAGUAAAGAAGACGUCAGCAUCGAAGAGGCUGAUUCAGGAUUCGACGGCGAAGAGUUGGCGGGUGUCAGGAUAUUGUUGGAGGCCGAAGAAGGACCCAGCCUCUUGGAUCAAGAAUCGACAACAGAAGAAGAAGGCACGGAUAGCGAGAGUAACUUUGUGGACAGAUACAAGUCCCUUUUCGAGAGAACCAAUGACAGUGGCAGUGACUCCGUUCACAAGAAAGGCACUGCCCCGAUUGAAAUCGCCCCUUCUGAUUCUGGAGACGAGGAGACCCAAAAGAAACAAUCCGGAGGGAAGUCGAAGCUCACGAACAAGGACGGCAACAGACCCAAUACUCCACCCAAGGCUGUAUCAUCGGAUUCUGGAGAUGCGACAGUUGCCGAUAAAGAUGUUUAUGUAGAGGCAACUAGCUCAUCACACAGCGGAGAGCCAAUGAUCCUACCAGCGAAAGAGACGAAAAAUGGGGGGAAACGAUGGGGCGAACACAGCAAGAGCUCUGGCAAGCAUGUUUUCUUGGACCUAACCGACUCAUCUGGAAGUGACGAACAAGCUACUAUGUCUGCAUCAUCGCAAACUACAAAAGUAUCCAUUCGAAAUCAAACCUCGCGAGAACAGGAAAGUGAAGAGUCAAGAAGUGAAAGCCCCAGCAAUGACGACACCAAUGAAAGCAAAAGUCUUGCGAGCAAGAGUAUUGGCACUAACGAAAGCAAGAGCGAUGCCAGGUACAACAGUUCCGAAAGCGAUGACGACGAUGAUGCAGUGCUGAAGUUUGAUUUUGUGAGCGACGCCCGAAGUCAGAGCUCCAAGAGUGUCCCAUCUGCGAUGGAACGUUCGACCGAUCGAUUGUAUGAUGAGUCUCGCAUUGAAGUGAUCGAUCAUCAUUCAGUUAACUCCGAUGGGAACUCGGUAUUUUCUACGGGCAGAGUGUUUGAGAAUGAAACGCUGCGCCUCCAUGACUAUGCGUUGCAGCAGCUUACUACUAAUCACUCCACCUCUGCCCCUCCCAGCCCUCCGUCCUCUCCUGCUCCAAGUCCUCCUAAUGAAGACAUCUCGUCCCCGGUCAGUUUCCCUUCCGAGCCUUCGAAGACUUCUACCGGCAAGCAGUCUUCUACGUGGAGAGGCAAUCAUUCCCACCACAGCCAGGAUGAGACUCUCCAGCAGCUCAACACAGCUGCCACAUUUGCCGAGCUCCAACCAGCCUCGCCUAUCAUGUCAAGUCCAUCUCUUUCAAUUUUGAAAAACAGCAAGACACCACCAACCAGCCGAUCGAACCCUAGCACGCCCAAGCUGUCGACAAGAUCGUCGAACGCUACCACCAGUACUCCGCACAAGGUUUCAUCUCCAAUCGAUCAGGCAAAUGUCAUGCUAGAAAACCUAGUCAAGGAUACUCAAGACAAACUAUGGCUCUCAACAACGCCUCAAACCCCAACAAGCAUACUGAGAUAUGGCAGAGAAAACUUUGUGAUGAAAGAUGUCACGUUCAUGGAUAUGCGAGAACAGCUCACUGACCAGGCACUCAAGGUGGACUGUCUUGAGUCGACACUCGAAAGCAUCCGCAUCCGAGAAGACAAGCUCUUAUCAAGAGGCGAGAUGUUGCAAGAUUUCCUCAGCGAUUUGCUUGAUCAGAGUGAAAACAUGAACAUGGACACUGAAAAAGAGGCCAAGAAAGUGGAGAGGCGCCUUGGUCGUUUGGAAGAGCGCCUUCUCUGUAAUGAGAUUGAAACACAACAUCUUUCCUUGCGUGUAUAUGCCGUUGAGGAAGAGACGGAAGCUAUUGCCGAGGAGGAUUACAACCGAGCUCUGAGCGAAAUCUAUGAAGAGCAGGUGAAGCAGCAACAACGAAUAGAACGACAAGAACAAAGAGAGCAAGGCGUCGAUGCAAUCCUUGGCCGAACGGCAACAGUGGAACGUCGUCGAUCUCCAGGUCGACAAUCACCGAGUCUUCUAUCCGCAAGUCGUCGGUCGUCUUCCAGUCGUCGAGGAAGGAGGCUGGUCGUCGACGACAGUGAUUUAAGCUCCUUGGAUGCUGGCCACGAUGGUUCCUUGUUAGUUCUUGACGGGUACAGCAGCAACCCUGACGUGGAAAACAACACCUCCGAGUUUGCUGUGGAUGGCUAUUCUCGCCAGCAGAGUCGGAAGAGCCGAAACAGCCGCUACUCCCGCGACGAUCAAUCUGUCCCUUACGAGUCAACUCGCCCGCAACCGAAACCACACAAAAAGUCCUACAAUCAUCAUCCCCACCGUCGUCGCCCCCGCCCUCGCCGAGAUUAUGAUAUGAACCAACUACUUCGCAACGCCAGCCUGGAUGAACGAUCCAUUGAGUAUGAAAUGGGCUUGGCCAUGUUUGGCACGCUCGAUCACUCUUCGUCUGCCGAAAGUCAGAUGAGCCAUACGCACCAUCACAGCAGUCAUGUGCAUAUCAACAUCAGCAGCACUACAACCGCCAGUGGCACUAGCCCAAGCCAUCCGAUUCGCUGCAACUCCUUGGAUGCCUACGAACACAUGAGAGACGAGUAUCGCAUGGGCCUUGGCGUUUCGUCCUUUCACCAGCAGCACAGCGGCGUCGGCAUCGUCGGUGGCGUUGGUAGUGACGAUGCCGCCAGUCAUCAGUCCUACAGCAGUGCUGGUGAGUAUACUGCCAUGGAUAUGCAUUCUUUGGAAGGAGAUGGGUUGGAUUGGGUGAAAAUGUCGGCUCGUCAAUUUGAGGUACAGCAAACAUAUCGUCAAUGA